AUCAACUGUCAAAAUUGCUAAGCGUGACAUUUCAGCCGUUUGUACUUUUCUAAAAAUUGUAAGCUAAUUUACUGGUGACAAAAAAAAAAGCGAGAGUUAGGGGAGAAUUAGACGUAUGGAUGCUUGAGUUGCUUUAGAGGAUGUCCGAACAAGAAAAAAAUAGUGGCGGAAAUGCCCAGGUGGGCUCAGUUAUAAUGGUGGAAAAGACGACCAGCAGUCGCCACAGUAAGCCGUGCCGACCCAGCGAUGACUCGGACUUACACCACAGACGCUCGAAGGCACCCGUCGUUCCUUCCGAAGAAUUGAAACAUGUAGCCGGAAAGGAUAGUACAGAAAUCGAGGAGCGAAAGGAGUGUGAACACGAAAUAUCUCCUGCUAAGCACAAGCACAGCGUCGCAAAAAAAUUAUCAUCUAGUACUAAAAAGCGGGAACCUUCACCCGAAUCGAUCCCAUUAGCAACGUUAGAAGUUGAUAAAAAGAAACCCAUACCACCAGAUGUACAGUCCGAUCCCGUCCCCAAAGAGAAGAAAGCAGCAAAAAAUACAUCAAAGGAUGAUGACGACGACAGUAUCACGGAUGAAAUUAGAGAGUUGCAGACUCCAGAAAUGGCAAAGAAACAUUCGGAAUGGUCGGAUGAUGAAGAGGCAGGCGGGCUGCCGCGCACCGACUCCCGGGCGUCGCGCGUCUCCCGCGCCGUACAAAAGCUGUUUUGCUGCGGGAUGACAUAUGACGCCCCCUCCGAAGACAAUAUCUCUACGCACCGAGGCUAUCCUAUAUAGACGUGCCUCUUCACAUCAUUCUAUGCACUCAAUAUGCUCGAUUCUCCGAUCAUUAUACUAGCUGGCCAUUUUUGAUUGCCAGCUUACGAGUAAGAUCUAAGGGAGAUCUAUAGAGCGCACUUUGAUUUUGGUCAGACUUUUUUUUUCUCUCGUCUGACUUUACACAUCGAGUCAGUGUUAUGCCGCUGGCAUAAAUUUAUCUCGUUUUAACUGAAACUUAAGUCUAAGCAAAUUCAAAGUGAUCUCUAUAGAUUUCAACCUAAGAUCGUAGAACGUAAUUUAAAUUAUUUAGCCGGGAAAACUGACUUUAAAUCCAUUAAGAGGGGUCUCUCCGUCACUCGCUUCAUACAAACGUAGUUCCAAU